GCGACAGCGCCCGCGGCGCUUCGGUUCCCGUCCGCUGCUCCCUGGGGAGCGCCUUCCCCGGCCCUCGGCCCGGCUUUCUUCUGCUAACUACGAUUGCACGUUCUUCACUCGGAAGGAAAUUCUUCGGUUGCAUGGCCGAUACCAUGAAAUGGCACCAAACGUUGUGCCCAUGGACUAUACAAAGGACCCAGAUGUUAGACUACCUAUGCAGCUUAUAAUAAACAUGCCUGAGCUAAAGGAGAAUCCCUUCAAAGAAAGGAUUGUGGCAUCCUUCUCAGAAGAUGGAGAGGGGAGCCUGAGCUUCAAUGACUUUGUGGAUAUGUUCUCUGUGCUCAGUGAAAUGGCUCCCCGGGAGCUCAAAGCAAUCUAUGCCUUUAAGAUCUAUGAUUUUAACACAGAUAACUUCAUUUGUAAAGCAGACUUGGAAAAAACUCUGAAUAAGCUGACCCGGGAAGAGCUGACAGAAGAGGAAAUCACUCUGGUUUGUGAGAAAGUCAUAGAAGAGGCUGACAUGGAUGGUGAUGGGAAAUUAGGAUUUGCAGAUUUUGAAAACAUGAUUUCCAAGGCACCGGACUUCCUCAGUACUUUCCACAUAAGAAUCUGAAGAUGUUUGUGCCAGUCCAGCCUUUCUGAAUCUCAGGCACUCCAGGGGCUUCUGUCCUGUAACGAGGUCUUCUUAGAACUCAGCAGAAAGUACUGAAAUAAUUCUGGUCCCCAAAGAGACAGAAACAUCAUGUGAUCUACAGGAUAUUUGGAACAGACACAUUUUUAUCUUCACUGCUGGCCAAGCACUCUGGCAAAUAUGGUUUGUUGUUGGAUUGUGGUUUCUCUUUUUUCCCCCCUUUUUUUAACAGUCAGAAUCAGAAUAUUAUUAAAGGUAUUUCCACAGAUUUUUUUAUAUUUAUGGAUAUUUAAUGCUGCUCUUAAAAGUGAGAAAAACAAAAAAAAAAUAGAGAAAUAUUAGCUUUGGUGUGUUUUCCAAGAGUAUUUUAAAGGAAGCAUGGGCCUUAAAUAAUGAGAUGCCUCUAUCACUGUGUUGUACAGCUGGGAUCUUGGAUGGAAAAUAUCUGAGGUGAAAGAACUGCAGUCAAGAUCAAGCUCCCAGUGUUGAAGACAACCACAUCCCAGGUUUGCCUUUCAGCCACUGAAAUGGCAACUGCUGGGUUUGGUGCUUACCUUCAACCAAUAUUUUAUGGAUUGUUGUGUCCUUAUUAAACUUGAAAUAUUUGCCUUUUGUAUAUGAUAACUGCAUAUGUGAUUAAUUUCUUCCCAAGAUAAAUGUUAAAAUUGUGUCCUUAUUCUCCAAGGGGCUCCUGCAUUUUGCUCAUUCUAUGGGCUGAUAACAUUGAAUGGAGGAACAUGGUGAUCUGGAACUCAUGAAGAAGUUGAAGAAGCACAGAACUACUGUUAAGGACAUGAAAAGAUACUUUGUUUCUAAACAAGCUAUGCAAUCUCUCCCAUAAAAUGCAUGAAUGCAGUUCUAUGUUUCUCUUUCCCCUCCAGCUGGAAAUCAGCUAGAUCUUUUUUUUUUUUUCCACUUUACUUCCAGUAUUGUUUAGGUACUGGGGCCUGAAGACAAUCAUAUGUGUAUUAAUUACUGUCCUAACAGUCAGUAGAAGGGCUCUGUCACUUACAUGGCUUCUGUAUCAAACUCACUACAAUUAAAACUUUUGAAGCAUU